UACGAGACGCGGGCGUCGAGCUCUGGUUGAAGGAGCUCAAGGAAGUGGCUUAUGAUUUGGAGGACGUGAUUGACAGGUGCCAGUACGAGGUUCUGCAAGCCCAGGUGGAGGAGAGGAGCUCAAGGGAGGCGGGCCGAAAGAGAAAGCGAGAGCAGGAGGAGGAGGUAUGUGGCUUCAACUCUACUGAAUCCGUGUUAUUAACCAAAGUUUCAAUUCCAUAUGGCAUGGCGGAUGAAAUCAGGAAGAUUAGGAUGAGGUUUGAUGAGAUAUCCAAGGAUAGGGAAGCCCUCUGCUUGAGAGAGGAGGAUGGAGAAAGAAGAGUUGAUAACACUACGAACCCACCACCAACUGUCCACUUGGUGGAUCACAACAGUGUUUAUGGUAGACAGCAUGAGAAAGCAAAGGUUAUUGAGCUAUUGUUAUCUGAGGUUGAGCGAAAAAAAAUUGCUGUGGUUCCGAUUGUUGGCAAGGGUGGGCUUGGAAAGACCACCCUUGCUCAAUUGGUUUACAAUGAUCCGAAGGUACAAAAAUAUUUCAGUCUAAAGGGAUGGAUUUGUGUCUCGGCGGAUUUUGAUGUUACCAGGCUAACAAAGGCAAUCAUUGAGUCUGUGACGGGGGAAUCAUGCAGUCUUAUGGAACUAAGCAUGCUUCAAGAGCAUCUUAAGAUGAAAGUGGGGGGAAAGCGAUUGUUGCUUGUGCUUGAUGAUGUGUGGAAUGAACAACAGAGUCGCUGGGAUUCCUUGAAACUCCCUUUUGUUGGUGCAGAAGCCGUAGGAAUUAUCACGACCACUAGAAAUGAUCCGGUUGCUAAGAUCAUGCAGACCCAGCCACCUUUUUACCUUGGCUACCUCUCUGAUGAUCAUUGUUGGCCACUGUUGUGGCAUGUGGUAUUUGGUGGUCCAGUUGCCAAUGAGAAAUCAAAUUUGGUGGGAAUUGGCAGGCAGAUUGUCAAGAAGUGUCGCGGCUUGCCAUUGGCCGUGAAGGUAAUUGGAGGCCUUCUACGGUACGAGAAUGAAGACCAUAGUUGGCUGAACGUUCUGCAAAGUGAUCUUUGGGAAUUAGAUGAGAAUCAUGAAAUUUUGGGAGCUCUGAAGUUAAGCUACAACCGCAUGCCUAGUUAUCUCAAACCUUGUUUCAUGUACUGUUCCAUGUUUCCCAAGGACCAUGUUUACACUGAAGAUAAAUUAGUCAAGCUGUGGAUGGCACAAGGCUACAUACAACCUAGAGAUGGAAGAAGUGUGGAAGACAUUGGUAAAAGAUAUUUUGAUGAGUUGCAUGGAAGAUCCUUCUUUGAUUUCUUCAAAGGCAGAUUGUUUAAGAUGCAUGAUAUGAUACAUCAUCUGGCAGAAUUUAUUUCUAAGAAAGAGUGUCAUGCAGUAGUUGAUGAGAAGCCAUGUGAUAUCCCAUUUGAAGUACGCCAUUUGUACAUGCAGGGCAGCAAGAUAUUCAUGAAACCACAGUCCUCUAACAAAACCAAGGCCCUGCGGACAUUAUUAUUAUCGAGCCGAUAUCAAAUUGUUCACACAACCAAAUGUCCUUCAAUUCUACAAAACAUGCAGCGAUUGAGGGCUUUGGAAUUGGAUUGGGUAACCAUAGAUGAAUUGAUAGAUUCAAUUGGCAACAUGAAACACCUGCGCUAUUUGUACAUCGAUUCGGGGUCAAAGUUCCCUCAAUCAUUAUGUUCCCUUUACAACUUACAGAUACUGGAUCUCACAUCUUCAAGACUUGGAGAGUUACCAGAAGGCCUAGGAAACCUUGUCAACCUUCGAUACCUUGGUCUCUCAGAAUGCAAAAUUACUAGUUUGCCAGAAUCAGUGUGUCACCUGCACAACCUUCAAACUUUGGAUCUAAAGAGCUGCUCUGAUCUUGCUGAGUUACCAGGAGGGCUAGGAAGCCUUACUAGCCUCAGGCAUCUUCGACUCUGUGAAAGUGGUAUUAAAAGGCUACCUGAAUCGAUAUGCCAGCUUCACAACCUCCAGACAUUAGACUUGUCGAGAUGCAGACUUCUUACAGAGCUACACACCGGCAUGGAAAACCUUAUUGGCCUCUGCCACCUGGAUAUCCGGGGUUCUGGAGUUAAACAGCUGUUGCCUUGGAUUGGGAGACUGGCAAAGCUACGGUGGCUGUUUGCGCAUGUUAAUGUAAGAAGUUGUGGCGUGGGACUGUUGAAAGACUUGGCAAACCUAGAAUGUAGUCUCUGCAUCUCAGGGCUCAGGAACAUGGUGAACAUAGUGGAUGCCAAGGAUGUGAAUCUUCAAAGUAAGGAUCAACUUCAGAGAUUGAAACUGAUAUGGAGUCAUGGGGCUUUGAAUUAUGCAGAUGAUGUUGACUGGGACCUGAAACUUCAUGUCAGUUCAGAGAAAAUUAAUAGUGCACCAGCGGAUGAAGAGGUGGAGGAAGCCUUGCUGGAGUGCCUCCAACCUCACAGCAGCCUCACAGAGCUUCACAUAAAAGGGUAUGGUGGUGCUAACUUUCCGAGAUGGGUGGGGGAUCAAUCCUUCUCUGAGUCACUCCGGGAAAUCUCUAUAACUGGAUGCGAUAAGCUGCGAUCCAUUUCGCUGCACAAUCUCAAGUCCCUUAGAGAAUUGGAGAUAAACAACUGUCCUCAACUUCAUGUCUUGCCAGAGGAAUCAUUGCCAUCCAAGCUUGAAUCUGUGUAUAUCAAGGAUUGCAUGCAGAUCGCAUCAGUGGCAGGGUUGUACAAACUUGAUUCCCUACGGGGGUUGGAGAUGAGCAACUGUCCUCAACUCCACAUGUCACCAGAGCUGCCAUUGUCAUCCAAGCUUGAAACUCUGGAUAUUAGGGAUUGCAUGCAGCUUGCAUCAUUGGUGGGAUUGCAAAAUUUUACUUGUUUAAGGAGGCUACAUAUAGCACGAUGUCCGAAACUCCAAAUUGCAUCAAGUGACCAUCUUUCGAUGAUACCUUACGAUGUGGAAAUUGUUGAUUGCCCCAAGAUGAGGGAGUGGUGCAAUAGACAAAAGAUCAUGUACUCUCAGGACCAGGUUUUAUUUGCUGACAUUCUGACCAUAUCAAACAUCAACGAGAUCAGAAACCAUGGGGUCAACAAUUUUACCAAUCUUGAACAUCUUUGUGUAAGGGACUGCGUUAUGUUGGAUCCUCGAACAGACGAGUGGCUACCAUCAUCACUUCAAUCGUUGAUACUUGUUUUCUGUAAGUUUCCAGAUUCCCUUCGCCUGCACCAGAACCUCACUGUGCUUAAGAGGUUGACAAUAAAGGACUGCAUGGAGCUGAAAUUGGUGCUUGGCCUGCAUCACCUCAUCUCUCUCCAGAACUUGGUUAUAUGUGACUGUAACGAACUCCAGCUCCUGCCAAAUGAGCAGCUGCCAUUCUCGCUCGAGUCAUUGGUAGUUAAAGGCUGCGAGAACCUAAGAUACCUUCCGUUGCUGCAUCAGAACCUAUCUUCAUUCAAGGAGCUUCAGAUAAUGGAUUGCCCCAAGCUCAGAAUGGUGGCAGGGCUGAACAACCUUUCCUCUCUACAGACCUUAAGAAUAAGUCAUUGCCCUGAAUUUGAGUUCUUGCCAAAUGAAUGGCUGCCAUCCAUUCCCCAACUCGUGGAAAUUGCUCAUUGCCCAAGGCUGAAGGAGUGGUGCCAAAGACAUCACAUCCAAAGCAUCGAGUGUCUCAACAGCAAUACUAGGGAAACAGAUAAUGAAGAAUUUACUGACAAUGAAAAUCUGGAGCGGCAAGUGAUGGAUUGUGAGAUGGAAGAUCAUGACCAGAAUCAUGAUCGGGAUCCGUUAAGCGAUGAUCUUGUUCGGUCACCAUCACAAUGACAUAUUCAUUCCUUUGAUCGAAUGAUGACCGGCAACCUAAAGACAGAAUUUGGGAGUGCUUUCCAUCCUAAAAAAUUCUGAGAUUGGCAUGUAACUGCCUCUGUUUUUUCUGAAAACCACCUGUAACCUCUUCUGUAACUCUUUUCUUUUC